GUCACAUGCUAUUCGACGACCAUCAUUCAGCUUUCUACCCGAAUCUCAUAAUAAGCACAAAGAGUCUGCAUAAGCGCAUGCUAUUCAAUCGAUAAGAUCAAAAAUGACCAGCGUCUACUCUAACGAAAGUAAUCAGAGCGUCAUCUCGGCGCUGCUGGUCCAUCGGAUCGACAGUGGCGUGCUCCUGUCGGCCGGCGACCUUCGGCGGUUACAAGCGGCUCGGAAUGCAUCCGAAGGGCCAGCAGCGGCUAGCAAAGCCAACUUACUGCACCCUGCGCCUAUAAUUGGCUCGAAUCCGCCUCCUGGUUGCCCGAUGCACGCCUCAUCGCCUUCGUCUUCAUCGCCGUCAUCCUCAUCACGAACCCCGGCGAGCACUGGCAGCUCCCAGCUAAAGCGCGCACUGCCAACAUCGUUUGCAGCUCUUUCGUCCAAAGCAUCCGGCUCGAUGAGCUCGGCCUCGGGAGACGCAUGCCCUGUUCCACACGAUCAGCGCGAUGCAUACAUGGCCAGUCAGGGCCAGAACAAGAAAAUUGCAGAGCAGCUCAACCCGCUGAACAAUAUGCCUGAGCUUGCUCAAAGCGCCAUGUCCUCUAAACAACAUUCGUUGCUGUCCACAGAACGAACGUUAUCAUCUAUCCCCCGAUCCGUCGUGUCCCCCUCUCCGGGUGCCUCGCCAUACGAUGCGCCCACCCCUCCAGGGGCGUGCCCGGUAGCGCACGACGUCAAAGGCAAGGGGAAGGAGGAAGCAGUACAUGGUCAAGUGUCGCACUGGGAGUACCCGUCGCCCCAGCAGUUCUACAAUGCCCUAGUGCGAAAAGGAUGGGAGACUCCAGAGGAACACGUGGACAUGAUGGUACUUAUCCACAACUUCCUCAAUGAGCGCGCUUGGCAGGAGGUGAUCGAGUGGGAAAGGCUGGCUGGGACGUGAGUGACAUGGUCAGUUCAGAUGCAAUCAGCGCGUGGAAUUUGCUAACUUGUACUUGCACCUCGCCUAGUGAUGUGU